AUGGAUUCCUCAAAUGUGGCCCUGUUGGAGCCAUCGCGGCUCGUUUCAAUUUCGAAUGGUGCUCGCCGCGACGCUGAAUCAGGGGUCGUCACUCUUACAAAUGGCGAACUGUCUGAAUCUUCGAAACAGGCAUCGAUAACUUUUGAUUACGGCCGAUGCAUUGGCGGACUUCCUUCACUCAUGGUUGAUCGUGCGAGCGGCGAGGGCCCUAUCAAAGUGAGAAUCCUUUACAGCGAAACUAUUGAAGGAAUCGAGUGCGAAACAGGUAUGGAUAUUCUCCUUCAAAAACUCGCACAACGAUCCCAGAGGUACUUGAAAGUUAUUCUCAUCACUUCCAAUGCCACUCUUGUCAUCAGCAAACUCGGUUUCGGUGCAAUCAGGCCAAUAAUAAGACCCAAGGCUUCUUUCAGCUGUUCAAACGAAGCUCUCAACCGCAUCUGGAAUGACGGUGUCAACACGCUAGAAAUGUGCACCGUGGUCAAAGGGGAGACGGCCCCAGCCUGGGACAUCACCGAUCAAGGGACCAGGGUUCCUGGUCAGCAUUGGGCUCCUUGCCGCCAAGGCACGCGAUGGGGCGACAAGGAAGUUUCGUUCCAAGUUCUAGUUGAAAAUCUUGGUGCCAGUUGGGGCGUCCACAUGGUUGCUAACGGAGUCAUCUUCUGCCUGGACGUUAUCCAAGAAGAGCUUUGUGCAUUCGAGGGGUUGUCACAUGUAUCGGCCGUUUUUCCGGUCAAGUCCUUUGGCAGCUGGUCUACUCACGGAAUUGUAAAGCAAGGCGACUGGAUCAAGGUUUCUACCAUUACGAGCGGUAACCGAAUCACCGUCAUCAUCAACGAGAAAGAAGUUGCAACAAUCACAGACGUACAGAUCCGACCUCUUCUUGAAGGUUUGGGAAUCAACACUGGCUCUGUAGCUUUCGGAGGUCCUGAGGGUUGGCUUGCUCUCUAUCGCAACUUGAAUGUCAGAGACGCGAACGGAGAUUGUCUUUACGAGAAUGACUUGUUAUCCGGGAACAAGGAGAGGACACUGGCAGACUUCCAAGUUGGGACGAAUGCUGUGUCUUGCAUGGUAGAUGGCGCGAAGAGAGACCGAGCAACAUUUGGAGGAGAUCUCUUCGUUUCAGGUCGAGGCGUUGCAUAUUCUGGUAUGGAUUACGGGGCUGUUGCAGGAAGCAUCGAGCUUCUUGCUAGCCAUCAGACAGGGGCAGGAUACCUUGGAAAUCUGUGUCCUAUCCAGGCCCCUAUCCACGAAGGGAGCGAGCCUCCCCCGACUUACGCAUUCUACUCUAUGACUUACGCCUUCUUGUUGGUAGUCGCCAUCAAGGACUACUGGUUGAAUUCUGGAGACCAUGAAGCUCUUCGUCGUUAUCUUCCGGUGGCGGAAAAGUUGCUCAAUUACGCCGAAUCCCAGGAGAAGCCAUCAGGAUUGAUCGAAGUUUCACCUGACAUGUCAAUGCACUGGUAUCCGCUUGGAGGACCUGUUUUUGGAGCUUCUGGCACAACAAACUUGGCAUAUUACGACGCAUUGAACGCUGUGAAGGCCAUGACCACCGACGACCAUCGAAGAUCCCGAUUGUCUGAAAAGCUUGAGACUCUGAAGAAGAGUAUUGUAACCAACCUAUGGAAUUCUGAAAAGGGUUGCAUCCGCAUGGGGUCCGCCUUGCCGGAGGAAGGAAUCUGUCAGGACACGAAUGGCUAUGCUAUUGCACUUGAUGUUGCUGAAAACUGCGACCUUUGUGCAUCUCACUUCUCUGGACCUCCAGGCUGGAUGCCUGCAGCUUUCAAAGGGCUCCAACAUUGGGACCGUACGGGGGUUGUGAGUCCCUACGCAACAGGAUUUGCCGUGGAGGCGCUAUUUUCACGUCAAAAGGGUCGUGAAGCAACUCAACUGAUCGAAAAUGUGUGGGGUCCAAUGGCGGACACGUCAAGUCCAAACUACUCGGGAGGGCACUGGGAAGCGAUGACAGCCGAGGGCAAACCUUUUGGACAUGACACCUCACUGAUGCAUGCCUGGUCCUGUUGGCCAGUGUUUCUUCUGCCGCAGUAUGUAGUUGGCGUGAAGCCGCUGCAACCGGGUUGGAGCAAAGUACAGCUUGCACCAGUGUUUUCGGGUAUCAAGUCUGCUCACUAUCAUACAAAACUUUCGCAAGGCAUGUUUGAGGUUGAGGUCAGCGUCGAUGAGACUGCUGUAGUGAUACUCAUCCAGGCAACUCUUCCUGUCGGAACAAUGGCAGAAAUUGUGGCCCCUGCAGGAUACUCAAAUGAGGGUGCUAAGGGCCUUAAAGGCCCCGUUGACAGAGCAAAUGUCAGCCUUCGUCGUGUAUGA